CGCGUCCUCGGGCUGCGGCAGCGCGGACGCAGAGCGCACCGCCGACCUACCAGCAGCGGGCGGCUCCCAUGCGGCACACGUGGGGCUGGGCGCUCUGGAAUCCCCGGUGAGCCGGCGGCAUGGGGCAGGCGGGCUGGAAGGGGCUCUGCCUGUCGCUGUUCGACUACAAGACCGAAAAGUAUGUGAUCGCCAAGAACAAGAAGGUGGGAUUGCUCUACAGACUGCUGCAGCUCUCCAUCCUGCUGUACCUGGUCGUGUGGGUGUUUGUGGUGAAGAAGAGUUACCAAGAUGUUGACACCUCCCUGCAGAGCGCUGUUGUCACCAAAGUCAAGGGCGUGGCCUAUACCAACACCUCUGAGCUUGGGGAGCGGCUCUGGGAUGUUGCUGAUUAUGUCAUUCCACCCCAGGGAGACAAUGUCUUCGUUGUGAUCACCAACCUGAUUGUGACUACCAACCAACGGCAGGGCACCUGUGCUGAGUAUGAAGGUGUCCCUGAUGGUUUGUGUUCUCAGGACCAUGACUGCCAUGCUGGGGAGACUGUUAUAGCUGGAAAUGGAGUGAAAACUGGCCGCUGUCUGCGUGUGGGGAACUCAACCAGUGGCACCUGUGAGAUCUUCGCCUGGUGCCCAGUGGAGACACAGUCCAUGCCAAUGGAACCACUCCUGAAGGAAGCUGAAGACUUCACCAUUUACAUAAAGAACUUCAUUCGUUUCCCCAAAUUCAACUUCUCCAAGGCCAAUGUGCAGGAGGACACGAAUUACCUGAAAUCCUGUCGCUUUAGCCCCAAGAAUCUUUACUGCCCCAUCUUCCGACUGGGGUCUGUGAUCCGCUGGGCAGGGAGUGACUUCCAGGACAUCGCCAUGAAGGGUGGUGUGAUAGCAAUUAAUAUUGAAUGGGACUGUGAUCUUGACAAAGCUGCCUCCGAGUGCAACCCUCGCUAUUAUUUUAGCCGCCUGGACAACAACCAUGUAAAGUCUGUCUCCUCUGGGUACAACUUCAGGUUUGCCAGAUAUUACCGAGACUCUGCCGGGGCGGAGUUCCGAACCCUGAUAAAAGCCUAUGGGAUCCGCUUUGAUGUGAUAGUUAAUGGCAAGGCAGGAAAGUUCAGCAUCAUCCCCACAAUCAUCAACGUGGGCUCUGGGGUGGCACUUAUGGGUGCUGGGGCUUUUUUCUGUGACCUGGUGCUCAUCUACAUCAUCAAGAAGAGGGAGUUUUACCGCGACAAGAAGUACGAGGAAGUGAGCCGCAGCUUGAACCCAGCCCAGCAGCGAGGAGCCCGACCUGGCCGCAGACCGUGCUGCUGGAGGAACGAGGGCAGCUGCCUUUCUCGGCCCUCUCCGCCUAUGUCUGGGGAGGCGCGUACAGGGCAGGGUCGAGAGGGCAGUGCGCUGGAGACCGAGGCCGUGGUGGCGCAGCCAGGGCAGCCGGAGGAGGAGCUGCUGGAGGAGCAGCCCCAGGUGCUGCCCAACCGUAGCCGCUGGAAGGGAAAUGGCAGUGUGUGCUCGCAUUUCCCCGAGCUUGCCAGGUCUGGCCUUCUGAAGAAUGUAGAGGUGAAUGCUGAGCAGCUGCAGAACCUGCAGACAGUGGAGACAUAGCUAGAGCUGGUGGCCUAGAGGAGUCUUGAGGAUGUUGGGGCCAGAACCACCCACAGCUCUGAACUGAGAAGAGAUGUGCAUGUGUCUGCAAGGGAUAGGGGCUUCCAGGAACAGCCAUCUCCCCUGACUGAGAUCCUGCUACAAGCCUUAUGUUGUAUGGAGGGGAGUCUUGGCAGCCUGACUGGCUCAGAUCCAGAAGAGGAGGCCCUGGGGCAGGCGCCCAGGGAACAGGGCAGGCCAGGAGCCUGAGUGAUACUAGAUUAUUUUAAUUUUUCCUGAGAACCUGACUGGACAUUCAUAUUCAUCCAUCCAUGCAUGCAGUAAAUACUUAUUGAUGCAUGCUGUGUGCUUGGCCCUAUAUAAGAGAUGCUUAAAUGAGAUACUGACCUGGUCUUCAGAAAUGGGGUAGACACACAUAUAAUGACCUUCAAGCCAACAGAGACAUUACUGCCCAGCUACUCUGGCUGCCUUCCCGCCUCUAGCUGAUAAGUUCACAGAUCCCUGUAGAGAAUGACAAUUGCUCAGAGAAAGCCUUUAGAUAACAUCCAGGGGAACACUUGGUCUUACCCAUAGGAUAAAAUUUAAAGGUGGCCAAAGAGGCAAUAGGAAAGGACUGGACCAGUUGGAAGGCCGCUGGCCCAUAAAGGGAGAAGCCAAUUGCAAGGGCUUUAAGGUAAGAUGGGAAAGAGAAGGCGGGGAGAACUCUACUCCAUUCUUUUAGGUAAGCUCAGCAAGACCAUGUCUCCCACUCACACCUCCCCAAGAAUAGUGACCUGCCCAGAUGUGAGAUGCUUUUGCCUGUGUGAUUUGGCUCUUGCUGUUGUGUGGGGCUGGAUGUCCCUGCUAGCUUCCCCUCCUUAAGUGCUAACCAGGUAAAGGAUUAUCUUUUAGCAGGUGUCAAGUUGUUAGGGAGGCCCUCACUUCCCCACCCCCAAAGUGGGGUCUGUGGACCAGCAUCACUAGGGGGCCUGUUAGAAAUGCAGAGUCUCAGCCCCCUCCCUUGUCCUACCAAUUCAGAACCCAUAUUUCCCCUUAGGUGAUUUGCAAGCAUAUUAUUAUUGCCUGAGAAACCCUGAUUGUGAGGGGAGAGAAGGCCAGCUUGGCUGGAAGGAGCUAGUUUCUAGACAUACCUCCUGAGACCGGGAUACCUCUCCCACUCACACCUCCAGCCUGAAAGCAGCAUUAUGCUCAAUUUGUUUGAAUUAAAAUAUCUUGACUAGGUAAUAUUUCUAUGAUUCAAACAUGCCUAUAAUUCUAGUGAUUCGGGAGACUGAGGCAAGAGGAUCGGAAGUUUGAGAUCAGCCUGGGAAGGCAGGGAGGCCUCUACUCACAAGUCCCUGUAGAGAUUGAUGUUAUCCAAAGGCUUUCUCCUUUUAUCCAAAGGAAAAAGCCUUUGGAUAACAUCCAGGGGGACACUUGGUCUUACUCCAUGGGAUAUAAUUUAAAGGAAAGGACUGGACCAGUUGGGAGGCAGCUGGCCCUUAAGGGGAGAAGCCAACUGCAAGGGCUUUUAGGUAAGCUCAGCAAGACCAUGUCUCAAAAUAAAAGUCUAAAGGGCUGGGAAAGUGACUCAGUAGUAGAGUACUCCUGGGUUCAAUCCCCAGUAUGCACCACCACCCCCCAAACAAAAAGGAGUAGUAAAAAGUUCUUUUCACACAUUCUCUGGCGGCAAUUACCAAUUCCAGAAGACUUCCUUAUUCUGCUAAGAAUCCAUGUUCACAUGGUUACUUAUGCACUAACUCAGGAAAUGAUCUUUUCCUGUAAGGCAGAUGCUCCUGUGUCAGAGAUGGACAUGAAAUGUGCUUAAAUAUUUGGCUUGGGGGCUGGCUAGCUCUUUUCCGUAUCCCAUGGCAUCAGAGGAAUGGCUGGGUGAACCCGAUAGCAUCCAGGAAGCAUACCAGGGAACAUCCUCUUUGGAAGGGGAUUUGGUCUUUGUACACAAGGGGGCAGCAAGCCUCCUUCCACUGGAGCCUUUGGGGACAAAUAGUCUCAAGGCAUCCAGUAGGAGGUUACUGCCACUGGGGCGGUGGAGCAUGGUGCCCAGAACAGGACUCCUUAUAAAGCAAGCAGCUCCCUCACCUUGGGUUGUCUGGGGACCUGUCAAUGAGUGAACCGGCACUCUGAAUAGAAAGUGGAAAAUUUAGGUGAUCUAUUUAAGUGUUUUACUUCCUCACUAAAGCAAACCCUUGGGUUUUAUAAUCUAGCAUGUUACUUUUAUGGUUGGGAGGAGGUAAGAGGGGCAGGACUUGUGGCUGCUUAGCGAUAGAUCUGGUUCCUUUUAACCUGAUUUUGAAAUGGUGUUGUCACAGUCAAAUAACCUGAGGACAAUGAUACUAUUUUAUAUUGGAGUAUAAAUGCCUGCCUACAGUCAUUCAGUCAGUAAAUAUUUACAGGGUCCUUAUUAUGUGUAAGGUGUUGGAGUAAAUGAUGGAGAUACAGUUGUGUUCAAUGUAUAGGGUCCCUGCCAUCGUGUCCUUCCUGGCUGGUGGGAGCUGGACCACCUUAGCCAAGGGGUCACACCUAUAGUCACAGACUCAGAGUGCUUGGAGGGUUUUUAACCAGUAGUAGUCAGAAAGUUUCUCCAAGGAAUUUUGACAUAUUAUUUGAGACCUGAAAGGUUAGGAGCGGCUGACUGGGUGAGGAAGGAAGCGGAACCACAUACGUAGGAAGAAGCCAACUGAGGAUAUGCGUGAAGGCAGUGCAGCUGCACAGGGUUUUGUGAGGCUUUCCUGUUGUUGGCCUUAAUUUUUUGGAGGGUGGGAGGCACCGGGGAUUGAGCCCAGGAGCACUUAACCACUGAGCCACAUCCCCAGCCCUUCUUUUGUAUUUUAUUUAGAAACAAGGUUGCUUAGGGCCUUGCUAAAUUCCUGAGGCUGGAACUUGAUCUUCCUGCCUCAGCCUCCCAAGCUGCUGGGAUUACAAACGAGCCGCCAUCACGCCCGGCAGAUUUUUUUCUUUGGUGGUACUGGAGACCAAACCCAGGACCUAUUUGAACUCUAGGUGAGUCUUCUACCACUGAGCUACAUCCCCAGCCCAAAUUGGUUUUCUUUACCUCUAAGGAUUGCCCCAUUACACUUUAUUGCCUUAAAAGGACUAAUUCAACCUAAUUGUUUCUUAGAGGCCAACAAAGCUGUCCAGGCGGCCUCAAUGGCUACACGUCAGGGGGCCCAUACUCAGAAAGACCAGGGAGCCCAUUACAGCUUCUGGACAUCACUGUACAUUCCUGCCAGAUUUGCCUUGCUUUUUACAGACUCUGGCUUGCCACAUUCUGCAUAAUCUUGGUGUAAGAGUUGGCGGCUCAUUAAUCUUACAGAAAUGUGCUUUUAAAUGGAGAGAAAUGAAGUAGGAAGUUGAGCUCCUUCCAAACUUUUGAGAAAAUCCCUUUCUCUCUAGGCACUGGUUGCCUCAUUGGAAAAAUGAGAGUUCAAGCUCUAAGACCUUCUUUCUUUUUUUUUUUUUGGCGUUGGAACCCAGUGCCCUUGUACCUGCUAAGCACACACUCUACCACUGAGCUAUAUCUCUGGUCCAAGAGAGCUCCUUCCUAUUCUGAUAUUCUAGGUCCUAGCUUAAACUUGCUCAUCAACUAUUUUCCUAACAAUUAUUAUCAUCCCAUGCCUUUGGGAGCGCCAUACUAGUUACACACUGGGUGCUAUUAAUAGUGACAUCAUGGGAAUCAGCCACGAAAGGUCGAAGUUCCUCCAUUCUUGAUGCUGGGGGUCAUUAACACUGAACAGUCAUGGUUGCCUUUUUACCCCCACCCACCCUCAUCAGUUCUUCUGUUCUCAGUGGGGGAAUCAGUUGUAAAGGGAGAAUGUUACUUUUUCUAGGUAUCUCUGAGCACCUCAGGGAUCGACUACUAUGCCCUGUAGAGUUCUUAAAAUCACCCUACUUGGAAUGACAUCUUGAGUGUAUGGAAAAGGGCUCCACCCAUUUCCAAUCCACUACCUCCCAAGCGAUAUGAGUUUCCUCAGAGGAAACUCUUCACUGCAUCCAAGAACGCUUUUUCUCCGAAAGACUAUUCUGUACUGCCAGCUGUUUCCCUUUAGGCUGGACAGUGUUAAAGGGGGCAAGGUGGUAAGCACCUUCUGGGACCUGCCCAAUAUAUGUAUUUUUGACACUUUUAUUUGGUUCUCAAACAAUAAAAAGUAUCAAUUUUAAACA